CCUAAGCUGUGCCCCUCCUGAGUGCUGAGCUCCCACGGCUGGGAAUUUGGCUGCACACCACUCUCCGCGGGCUGCCCAAGCGCCGCUGAUCGAACAGACCAGUCAAUCGAUCGGCUGGACAGAGGCAUUUUGGAGGCAGCUGAGAGCAGAGUGGAGUUUCCAUGUUAGAGCCCCAAGAGCAGGAGCGGGCUUUACCAGAGGAUAGCACCAUGGUGAGGAACGUUGAUGACUUCGAUUUCUCCCUCCCAUCCCACCCCCAGGCCAUCCUGGAAGGCCUGCGGAGCCUGCGCUCCAAUCCAAAGCUCUCCGACGUCACACUGCUUGUGGGUGGGCAUGAGUUCCCCUGCCAUCGCAGCAUCCUGGCCCUCUGCAGCCACUAUUUCAAUGCCAUGUUCACUGGUGACUUUAUUGAGAGCAUCUCAGCCCACGUGGAGCUCAAAGAGGUGGAUCCUGUUGUCAUGGAGACUCUGAUCGACUUUGCUUACACAGGAAAGAUCACCAUCAACCAGGGGAACGUGGAGGCGCUAAUCCGGACCUCCAACCAGCUCCACUUCCCCACCAUCAGGAAAGUCUGCAGCCGCUACCUGAGACAGCAAAUGGAUGCAACCAACUGCCUGGGCAUCUGUGAGUUUGGGGAGAACCAUGGCUGCCCGGAAGUGUCCUCAAAGGCCUGGGCUUUCCUGCAGGAGAACUUUGAGGCUGUAUCGCACCAGGAGGAGUUUCUCCAUCUAUCCAAGGAGAGGCUGGUAGUCUACUUGUCCAAUGACCUGCUGCAGGUACAGGAAGAACAGAGCCUAGCUGAGGCUGUGCUUAGGUGGGUGAGGUACGAAGAAGCAUCUAGAGCCAAGCACCUGCCAGAGCUCCUACACUUGGUCCACCUGGCUUCACUACCAGACCAGUACCUGCAGAACCUACUCUCACUGGAGCCGCUGAUCCAGGAUUCAGAAGCUUGCAAAGCCGUCAUCUCCAGCUACCGAAGCACGGAGAAAGCUGCAGUGAAGAUGAAAGGAACAUGUCUGAACGUGCAGGAUCUUCAGGUGGAAAACGGGUCCUUUGUCCAGAAGAGCCUGCUCUCCCUUCCACAGAAGCUGGAGGAAGUGCUGGUGGUGGUCGCGGGUCGAGCUCUGGAAGAGAAUGAAGCGGAAGAUGUGGAGUUGCCAGUCUCCCGGAACUUCACCUUUUACAAUCCCAAGACCAAAAGAUGGAUGGCUCUUCCUGACUUUCCGGACUACAAUAAAUGGGGCUUUUCUCUGGUGGCACUAAAUAAUUAUGUUUACGUAACAGGUGGCUCCAGGGGGACGCAGAAUGACACCUGGUCCACAACCCAGUCCUGGUGCUUCCGUCUCAAGGAGGGUGCAUGGAAACCCAUUGCACCAAUGCUGAAACCCCGAACAAACCAUGCCAGUGCUGUCCUCAAUGGAGAGAUCUAUGCCAUUGGGGGGACUACAGUGGACACAGUGGAGGUGGAGUGCUAUGACCCUUAUAAUAAUAGCUGGUGCCCCAUCAGCCCUGCCCUGAAGUAUGUUAGCAACUUCACUGCAACUGGAUGUCUGGGGAAGCUCUACCUCAUUGGCUCUUGUGCUAUCAAGUACAACGCACUAACCCUGCAGUGUUACAACCCUGUCAUAGAUGUGUGGAGUGUAAUUGCAUCCCCAUUCAUUCCGAAGUACCUCUCUGCCCCGCGCUGUGCCUCCUUGCAUGGAGCAAUUUACCUCAUUGGGGACAACACAAAGAAGGUGUAUGUGUAUGAUCCGGAUGCUAACAUCUGGCAGAAGGUGCAGCUGCUUCACACUCUGCAUGAAAAUGGAGGCAUGGUGCCACUGGGAGGCAAACUCUUUGUGACAGGUGGACGCUGGAAGGGCCUGGAUGGUGACUACCGGGUGGAGAUGGAAGUUUAUGAUUGUGCCAAAGAUAUUUGGACAAGAGCGGGAGCCCUGCCCUGCCUCUGGCUCUACCACAGCUCUUCCUCCAUCUUCAUGGAUACGUCGAAGUGGACAGAGCCCUUCCUGGGAAACCAUGUCCAGUAGGAGAGGCUGGGACCCUCACCCAAGGCUUUAAUGGUCCUGCCCAGGAUUUGGAAGGACAAAGUGAUGAUUUAUUUGUUUGAAUUAUCACCAUUUUUGCAUGUAUUUUUGCCUUCACGUUUCAUGUGGACCAUGGAUUAGAGCAAUGGUCACCAACUGACUGGUCGAUCCAGAAGCUUCUGACAGUUGAUCAUAAUCUCUAGCUGCUAAAAGUCUGGCAGUGCAGCAGGACUAAGGCAGGCUCCCUGCCUGCCCAGACCACGGCCCCGCGCUGCUCUCGGAAGUGGCCAGCACAGCCGCUGAGGCCCCUGGAGGGAGGGGGCGGGGUCUCCAUGCACUGCUCCUGCCUACAAGCACUGCCCCGCUGCUCACAUUGGCUGGGAAUGGGGAACUGCAGCCAAUGGGAUCUGCGGGGGCAGUGCCUGCAGAGAGAGGCAGCAUGCACAGCCAUGUGCCGGCUGCAGGGGCGUGUUGGCUGCUUCCAGGAGUGAUGUGGGGCCGGGGAAGGCAGGGAGGCUGCCUUAGCCCCGCUGCGCUGCCCUCCCGGAGCCAGUACCCUGUACCCCCUCAUGUACCCCAACAUUUGGUCCCAGCCCGGAGCCCCCUUCUGCACCCAAACUCCCUCCCAGAGCCUGCAUCCUGCACCCCCUCCUGCACCCCAACCCCAGCCCUGAGCCCCCUCCCAGAGCCAGCACCCCGUAACCCAUCCCACACUCCAGACCCCUCGGCCCCAGCCCAGAGCCUGCACCCCUUCCUGCACCCCAACUCCCUGCCCCAGCCCGGUGAAAGCAAGGGAGGGUGAGGGAGAGCAAGCGAUGGAGGGAAGGCGGAUGGAGUGAGCAGGGCCGGGCCUCGGGGAAUGGAUGGGGUAGAUCCUGGGUUGCACUUAAAUUCAAAAAUGUUCUUGUGUGCAAAAGGUUGGAGACCACUGGAUUAGAGGUACUAAGCCAGGGAUCAGCAACCUUUGGCAUGCGGCUUGCCAGGGUAAGCACCCUGGCAGGCCGGGCCAAUUUGUUUACCUGCCGCAUCAGCAGGUUCGGCUGAUCGCUGCUCCCACUGGCCAGGGUUCGCUGCUCCAGGCCAAUGGAGAAAUGGCGGCCAGCACAUCACUCGGCCCAUGCCGCUUCCCGCAGCCCCCAUUGGC